UGCAUCAUGUAUUUUCUCCAAUGGUCCUUGCUACUCGCCCACCUUUCGGCUGCCCUCUAGCUGCAGUGGGAUCUGUGGGGUUGGCUCUGGGGGCCAGAGUGGUGCAUGCUCAGCUUAUAUUUCUCCACCUCCUUUCUGCCAUCUCAGGUCACCCAGACCAUCCAUGGAAACCUUGUAUUCUGCCCUCCAGGACGAGAUCCGUGCCUUCGAGGCACAAGUGCAGAGCUGCCAGAAAGACUUUGACCUGCACACGCUUCACAACGUGCUGCUGCUGCUGCUCCCCGGGAGCCCGACCUGGGAGGUGAAAAGCCUGGAGCAGCUGGAAAAGCUUGUUGAGGGCAGGGACUGGCCAUGCCAGGACACUGUGAAAAUGACAGGCAGCGCUGAGAGUUGUGAUGUCCCUGGCUACGUCGCCUGGCUUGGCUCCUACCUGGGGUACUUAAAUGCUUUAAAAGAGACGUUUGAUGCCAAGGUCGUGUUCCCUUUGUGUGAGCACCUGUAUGUCCACGAUGAGCUGUAUGCCAGGGCUGAGUGCCGGUCUCCCGUGGGUUCCCGCAGCGGAUCUGGUGCUGGGCACAGCGGGGAGAAGAGGCCCCACGCUGUGACCUCCAUCGCAGAUAUCGCCAAGCAACUGUUUGCCGUCAGGAGGAAGUGGGCCUUGCUGCUCACCCGGGGAGUGAUUGACGACCGAGUCUUCGGCCCCCAGAGCCUGUGCGCCCUGCGGGGCUUUGCCAACAUUGGCCCCGUCGUGAAGGUUCUGAGGCUGGUCCCUGACAUCUUUCACAAGAGCUUGGCCACGGCGGCGCUUGCCAGGCAGUGGCUCAGUCUCCACAGAAGCAGAUACAGCGUCUUCCAGCUGCCACCAGAGCCAGGCCAGGAGAAGGGCGAGCGUAGAACUGGGCUGGCUCCUGGCACCUCUGAGCCCUGGAGGAAUGGAGUGGCCAUCAGCCUUCCUGAGUCUGCCAACGGCUGCAGCAGUUUCUCAGGCCAGUUACAUCCCAGACCCAGGAGAAGCAGCAGCAGCAGCAGCUCCCAUGAUGGAUGUGGCUGGCUGGGCAACAUCAGUGCGACGCGAACCAAGCUGCGGGAGAGUCGCGAGGAGCUGAUGGCCCUGCUCUGGCGAGUGGAACGUGCUGGAGUGCUGGAAACUCAGCUGCACGAGCUAACCCAGAGCAUCUCCAGCCUGCAGCUGGAGCAGCAAGACACAAGGCGCAAGCUCGACGUUUUCCAGCAGAGACUGGAGCAGGCAGACUGGGACAUGCCGCUGCUUAGCAGCCAGUGCCAGGCAACGCUCAGACAGCUGGAGGACCUGGGGCGGCACAUGGAGCUGGAGGAGUAUCGUAAGAGCAUCUUGCAGAGCGACUGGCUGCUGGAGCUGGAGCUGAGACCAUGUCUUCUUCGGCAGCUUGAUGCAUUGCAGCAGCGCUGCAGAGAGCUGGAGCAGUCGCUACAGGCUAGGGACCAGGCCGCACUACAGCAUCUCCUGCCAGCAAGUAGGACGGACUCUGCUUCCCUCGGUGACUCCGGGCAUUGCUCCACCGCGUCUCCCAUGCCGACAAAUAAAGGCUGAGUCCUGCCCUCGGGGAGGGACAAUGGCAGGAGGGACUGGACCCCGUUUUGCUGCCUCUGUUAAUUGACAGACUCCGUAUGCAUGUGUGUGCGUUGCUCAAUGCACAUGCGUGUCUGCCACACCACCCUCUCCUGGAUGGAGUCUGACCUGCCUUCCAGGGGUGGGAGCCCUACAGCUGCUGCUGCCAGCGGCUCGCCGAGAUUUGGGGGCACGUGUUUCAGGAACAGAAGUUAAACCUGGACAGUGAGAGCAGGAGGGACUCAGCUCCCGCAGCUGUGAUUGCAAGGACUAGCGGCAUCUGCCCAGCAGAGUCAGGCCCCCCAGGCCAGCUCAGUGUCCUGAAGAACAAGGCCAAAAGCCUUGAGCCGCCAACAUCCCCCCACCCCCAGCAGUGUAUCACUCAAUUGAUCCUUCCCUGCAGCGUCCCUGUCGUCCCAACACUCAGCCCACCUGCCACCUAGGACCCGCACAGCGCCGGCCCUAGACUCUGCCGCCAGAGGGGGGCAGAAAAUGCACCCAGGAUGCUGGGUGAUGCCGAUGGUAUUUCCAGGUAACCCAUAGGGGUGUCUGUGCUGUGUCCCAGCUGAGCCCACAAGCGGUUCCAGUUCCCCAGGGACCAGCCUAGGGCUGGAGCUCUCCAAAUUACAUGCCAUCAGCAAAGGCCUGGGCCAGCCCAGCCCUAGGGCCCCCAUCCACAAGUUUAGCAGCAGCCCCCAGAGCUGGGCCCCCAGAGCGCCCUGCUAGGAAUCUUUGCCCCCCUAUUGCACUGUAUCCAUGGGGUCACGCCGCAUGGAGGACGCCAGUUAGUAGCCCAAAAUGGCAUCCUCCAUAUACUUGGGCUUGCCACAGCCACCGCCACUGAUGGAACGACCCCACUUGGGGCCACGACCCAGACUUUGGGAACUGCUCUGCUUGCCCUUUGUAACCUGGCUGACGCCCCACGUCUCAGGCCCAGCCUGGCCAGGCUGAGACUCGCACGUUUGUGGCGUUUACAUCCUUGUCCUGGGCACUGAAUUCUGCUGCAUGAGUCUGGGGUAGACGGAGACUGGGCAGCCACUCCCAUUACCCCCUGGGCCAGUCAUUUCCGCUGUAGGCAAGAUUCCCCUGUAACUCCAAGCAGUUCAGCGCCGUGGCAGAGAUGCUGGUGAUGGGAGAGCACGAGCAGCUGGCUUUUCAUAGGUUUCCCCCCCCCCCAGCAAGGGUCGGGCCAGGCUCUACAAACAAGGGUAAAGCCAGAAUAUAAGAACAGCCGUACCGGGUCAGACCAAAGGUCCAUCUAGCCCAGUAUCCUGUCUACCAACAGUGGCCAAUGCCAGGUUCACUCCC